CGGCGGCACUGAGGCUGCGGUCGCGCCAUGGCUCCCGGCUCCGAGCAGCUCUUCGACUCCCUGGGUCACUUCGGCAGCACUUCCUGACGGACUGUCCCUAUGGACUCUCCCUCUCUGCCCAACUACUCUGAGUGCAGUAACCCAAGUGCAGGGAAAGGGGAAAGAUUUCAAGCAUGUGUGUAUUUUGCAUCUGUCUUUCAAGCUAUGUCAUGUGGCAUCCAUUACUUAGCAUCUGUGUUCAUGGCUGUUACUCCUAACUUUGUAUGUGGGAUCCCUGGAAAUGUGAGUGGCAUUCUCUUCUACAACUCCUCUAAAGCAAGUCUAGAGGACAUCUGGACAAUGUGGACAUCAUCAGAAAAUUACAUUGUAGCCCAGCUGGAAAAUGGAGAAAUCUGGGAACUUAAUCAAUGCAGCAAGUCCAAACGAGAAGUCAGUUUUGAUCUAGCAUAUGAAUACAAAGGCAACAAGUCCAUAUUUUCUUGUUCUGAUGGAUUUCUCUAUGAUGAUACAAAAUGGAAGAGCACUGUUGUUACACAGUGGGAUCUGGUCUGUGACCGAGAAUGGCUGGCAAAAUUAAUCCAGCCUACGUUCAUGCUUGGAGUCUUGGUUGGAGCGGUGGCUUUUGGUGACAUUGCUGACAGACUGGGAAGACAGCGCGUUAUGUGGUUCACAAGUGCUGGUCAGUUUGUAUUUGGCAUCGCAGUGGCAUUCACGUUUGACUACUACAGCUUCGUGAUUGUGCGCUUUCUCCUUGCUAUGGUUUCAAGUGGCUAUCUGGUUGUGGCUUUUGUUUAUGUGACUGAAUUUGUUGGCACUAAAGCACGAACCUGGGCUUCUAUGCAUGUCCAUGCUUUUUUUGCUUUGGGAAUUAUGGUUGUGGCACUCGUGGGAUUUUUGGUUCGGACCUGGUGGGUGUAUCAGAUAUUUCUCUCCAUAGCAACUCUUCCCUUUGUCUUGUGCUGCUGGAUGCUCCCAGAAACACCCUUGUGGCUGCUGUCAGAGAAAAGAUAUGAAGAUGCACAAAAAGUAAUCAAUAUAAUGGCAAGAUGGAACAAAGUAAGCACUCCCUGCAAAGUUUCUGAACUGUGCUCAGUCCAACAAGAUGACCCAGGCACUGACAGAACAAGUGGCAGUGACACAUCCUCAACCAAGAAGCACAACAUUUUAGAUCUGUUUUGUAACUGGUACAUUGCGAGAAGGACCAUCACGAUCUGGCUGGUCUGGUUCACUGGGAGCCUGGGGUACUACGUCUUCUCCCUGAGUUCUGUCAAUCUAGGAGGCAAUGAAUAUUUAAAUCUGUUUCUCAUAGGUGCUGUGGAGUUGCCUUGCUAUAUCAUUGCUUGCAUUGGGAUGGACAAACUGGGAAGGAGAAACACACUCAUUCCGUUCCUUAUUUUAAGUGCACUGAUCUGUGUUUUAAUUAUGUUCAUACCUCAGGACUUUAAUGUGUUAAUCAUCUUGGCAAAUAUGGCUGGAAAAUUUUCAAUAGGUGUGGCAUUUGGCCUUAUAUACCUCUACACAGCAGAACUGUACCCAACAAUUGUAAGAUCGCUUGCUGUUGGAAGUGGGAGCAUGAUGUGUCGUGUAGGCAGUGUGGUUGCUCCUUUCUGUGUGUAUCUGAGAAGUGUUUGGAUUUUCUUGCCACUUUUGCUUGUUGGAAUCAUGGCUCUUCUGAGUGGAAUAUUAACAUUAAUGCUCCCAGAGACACUUGGAAAACCUUUGACUAAUACUUUGGAGGAAGCUACAGAAAUGGGAAGGAACAAGGAAAACUGCUCAGGAAAGACUCCUCCAGCAGACAGUGGUCCAGCAUUAGAAAAGAUAGAGAUGUUUGGUCAAGAAACAGUCAGCACUGAGAAAUAAAGCAAGAGCAAAUGGCUGCUCCCAGUUUUAAUAAUUAUAUAACUUAUAGAUCAUUUUAUUCAAGAAAAGACUGUUCUAUAAUAUCUGUGCCUUUUAAUUUGUAACACAUCUUUCCUUUUUGGUAGAGCAAGUAUAUGAAACCGUCACAUGACUGAGGUACUGCAGAAAAUUUGAUGAGAUUUCUAGAUCCCUUCUCAAACUUACUUUGCCUUUAGAAAACCUGUCUGACUUGCUGUGACCAGUUGGAAUGAGCACUGUAAAUCAUGUAACCUACUUGAUUACACAUAUGUAAAAAAGUGCCAAUUCUUACUUUGGAUUUUCUGCAGUUAGACUUGUAAACCCACCACAAUGUGCCUUGUCCUUUUGCAGUUGUCAGUUACAGACUUGAGAUUUCAAUGCAUUGUGAAGUCAAACACACAGUUAUAAUUCAAGAGAGAAGCCUUCACAUUUCAUGAGGUCAUACUAAUAAUAUCAAACUUAAACCAAUUUUUUUUUUCAAAACUGAUUCCAGAAAAGCUGUCAUUUCUAACAAAAGUAUUCUGUGGAAUAGCUUCUGACUGAAAAAAUAAUAUUAAUUUUGCAAAAUGUGCAAAUAGUUUGUAUGCUAUUCAUUCUGUUGAAUGGUAAAUGUAUUUUUAUUAGUAGCUUAGAAAAAAUUGUUCACUGGAUCUACUGCUGUCUUUGUAAAUUCUUUUUUAGAGAAAUCUGCCUGAUGCCUUUUAAAGCAUUUUUCAUUCCAGAUCAUUAUUUCAGUGCACCCUUCUCAAUGUGUUCAGCUCAGAUUUAGCCUCAGAUUCUUCUAAUGCUUCAGAGCAACACCAGCAACUUUGCCAGACACCUCCAUGGAGGCUGAGCCCUUCUUAGUCCUCAGAGGAACAGAACAAGUGGCACAUGGGCCUUAGUCAGGCUCUCUGCAGAGGUGGACUUAGUUAUUUAAGAAAUAGACAUGGUAUCUAGACACCAUUUGUAUCAGACUCCAUAGACUCUUGUGGACUCUGUAGCUCCAUUUUUUCCUUACAGUACACAAAAUCAGUUACAAAAGUAUAAAUUAAAAAAUGAUAGCUAGAGGACAGUGAUUUGCCAGUUAUUCUGGUAUUUUUCAUCAAAGUGUUUGUAGGUGUCAUUUAGAUCUUUUAUGAGCAUCAGUGCUCAUUUACUGGUGCAGUGACUGUGCCUUGUGACUGUGGACCAUAGAAAACUUAGGAAAACUUAGGAAAAAAAAAUCUAGCUGCUCAUUUAUGGCUUUCUGUCCCAGCUCUCUUUUUUCAUUCUGCCUCCAGUCCCAGAGGUUUCUUCCUUGCCUGUGAGUCUGUAUCCUCUCAGCUACCCUUGUUUGUGUGGGCUGGCAUGGGAAGCUUCUGUACAUCCCUUGUCUGGGCUGUGUGAGCCCUGCCAUCUCUGGUGUGAAAUCACAAUUCUUCUCACCUAAGGCACCUACUCACAGGCUAACUGCCACAAUCUCAUUAAAACAAGUUUUUCCAUGUUAACUUCCUUGACACAUACCCCAAAAUCAGACAUCUAAAUUAUUGUAGAUAGAUAAAUAUUUGAUAUGUUGUAGAGUCUGUCAUGUUUUUCUAUUAUAUCUGCACAGCCGUAUUAGUUUUAGUGAAUUCUGAAACCAGAAUAAUUGUUUAUAUCCCCCUAUAAAAUACUUUUUCUUCACUGCACUGUCCUAGAGUGCCAAGUAGGACUUUGGUUCUGGGCAUAGGAUUCAGUCAUGUCCUAUAUGACAACUAACAUGCUUUGAAGGCAAGCAAAAAUCAGUAAGUUUAAGUUUAGGGUGAUAAUUAAAGCAGAAAGAGGUCUUUGUUCUCCCUUCUGUUAUGUGGGUGUCCCAGUGUUUGCAGAGAAAACCUCUGAAGAGAACUGCAUGGAUUACUAUGGCUUCCAUCAAGAUAUAAUUUGCUCGGCAAAAGUAUGUGCUUUUAACCUUACCCAUGUGAGUAAUCCCAUCAUUAUUCAGAGGAGCACUUGAAUACAUACUUUGAUGACUAAAGAUAGGAUUACUCACAUGCUGUGGCUUUCUGUUUCGCUGAGGAACAGACCCAGUAUUCUUCCACUGCCUUCAGAUCCCCCUGUCCCGGUUUCCAGAGCAGAACAACUGCCCUUAUCUGCAGGAUCUGUUGCUAAACCCCAAGUGCCCCACCUUAAACAAGGACUUAACCACACUAAAGAAGAAAAUAUCAUAACAUAGUUCUAACGGGCAGUUAAACUGAUACGGUCUGACUUCACUGCCACUCUCCCCAUCACAGAGCUCUAAAUAAUUGCAUUAUUUUGGUGUUCCUUCACAUGAUACUUUUUUUUCAUAUAUAGUCCUAUCUUAAACACUUCCACCUUCAGUGCAUGGGACAGUACAGUAUGUUCUAACAAGGUAAUAAAAAACAUUUUAAAAUUAAUUUUUUCUGCUUUCUUAUCUGCAGAAUAACUGAUUUGGAUGUUACCCUGCUUUAAACAGUCAGUGCAUGUUAUGUGUUCCUUUGACUCGAAGGAUUCAGGACCAGGCCAUCUGUAAUUGGUAUAUGUACGGCAGAGAAAAUAAGAAAAAAAGCAAAGACUUAAAUGCACAAUGAUAGUGAGCAAUCCUUGCAGGCUACAGUUUUAAUCUUUGCUCUGAAACACAAUGCAGCCUGAUGACUUUUAACCCUUAAAGCCAGUUCUUCCUAUCCCUGAGGUCAAUUAGUGUUUGGUCUUUGAUUCAAGUGAGAAUUGAACUUCCCUGAACCAAUUAGGCUAUUUUUUUUCCUAGAAAUAAAAUGUUAAUUAAUCAAUAGGUACACCUUUUGAGAUUUCAUGCAUGAGUAGCUCUGAGGAUGCUCUGCGGCCUUCUGUCCAUUUAGCUGAGGAUGCACAUUACUGUAAAAAAGGAAAUAGCAUUUCUGAAUUUCUAUCUAUAGAAUUUCUGUUUGUUUCCUUUUCCAUGUGGAGAAAAAUAUGUUUAACACUAGUUCUAUGUUAUAAACAUAGCAUAGAUGGGAUGAGUUGAUUUCUUCUUCUUAAAUAUUCAUAGAUUAUCUAAAUCCUCUUGAAAGAGAAGACUGAGUUUGAGAACAAAUGCUUCUAAAUUCCUCUGGGGCAUGUUUUCCUCUCAUUGCUAAUAAAAACUAUUCCUUUUCAUACUUUUUAUCUGAGUCCUUCAGUUCUUUUAAGUUUAUGUUUGUCAUCUCCAUCUGUGUGUGAAUUUAUUGUGCUGAGCAAUGGCUCUGGAGAUACGUGAUGGUUUUCUGAGGUAUUGGAUUAGAAUUCGUAUCUGUCUUAAUUGCUGCUGGUCAUUGUUGCACAAUGAUAAUUUCUUCUGUCCUAAAAUUGAUACAGUAUUUUAUUGAACAGUCAUACUGUUUGUUAGGGACAUACUUUCUUGGUUCAGUGAAGGAAUUUUCAGUAGUUCAGUAUUAACUAAAGAAGAUCAGUAAGUAAAUGUGUUUGAUAUUUUUAAUCUGUAUUUUUAAAAAUAUGUGAAGAGAUGCAUUUUCUACUUUUAUAGCUCACUUCAAUUUAUGAAAAUUUCUGUUCCCUGGAAAACACUGUAGAAAAAAAGCUGUGCAAAUGGUAUGACUCUGUGUCAGAUGCUUUGGGCUGUGCCCUGAGUGAAUGAGGGAGAGAAUCCUGCCUUCAGGAUUCAGGCAGAGGAGUUCUGUAUGACAGCUCUGUGGAAACAGAAGAUGGUGUGACACCUCAGCUGUGGGUGAAAAGGGGUGGAGGACUCAGUGGCAUUCUCCUGCGUCUUUCACAGUUUAUUUUUACCAGCUCCUUACGUGCAGUCGCUUAGGAAGCCUCUGUAGCAUGGGGCUCAGCAACAUGCAAGUUCUUUGUGUGUGCCUUUCACAAGAGCUCACAAAAUGCAAGGUCAUUUGAACUGUGGGGACAUGGUGCCAGAAAGGCAUUUGUGACUGCUAAAAGGAGGGUGUGGAUCCAUCCUGUACACUUGUAAAUACAUCUGAAAGGUGCUUGCCUGAAUCCCACAGCAGAAUUGUAGGGAACAAAUUAAACGCAAAGAUAAUGGUGAAUAAAGACAAAAGAACAAGUUUAUGCAAUCAAAAAAAGCCCCAACCAGACAAUCCAGUGACUUCAGUCAAGCCGUAUCUGCACUGCUUGAGUGCAGUUAAGAUAAGUUAAAGCACAGCUGUGUAUUCACAACCUAACCAUUUUGUGCAUGAUUGUGAGCCAGGUGAAAUGUGCGUUUUGGAAACAUGAAGGAAGUACGUGUUCUUGGGAAGGAGUUUAUUUGCCCAGAAUAUGGCUUUAAUACAAUCUAUGUGAAUAAUGUUUUUUUGAACAUGCAUGUAACUGCAGAUAAUAAAUACAAGAAUAAAGCUAAUCACAUUAUCUAAUCUCUACACCUUUAUGUAAUGUAAGGAACUCCGAACGCUCAGGAGCUCUGUUUGGUGCAUGCUUCUUGCAGGAGCUGGGCUGCUGCUCCGGCAUUUCCUGCAGAUCCCUCCUGCAGUAAAAUAUGAGUGAUACCUUCCGCGUGGUUUGGGCUGGCAGCUGUCACAUGUUGGUCUGUUUCCUGUUUUCAUAUGCAGAUGUAAACUGAUAUUUGUAUAAUACAUUAUGUGGUGACCUGUUUUGCAUUUUAGUUGCAGGAAAAAUAUGAUCCUUGUUUGCCAAUAUUUGUAUAAGCUGGCUGGAGCAGUAAUCCCUAGGUCAAACUUAGUAGUGACAAAAAUAGCUAUGGAUAUUGAAAAACAAUAGGAAUUGAUCAAAAAAGAGAGUAGGUGACUAUAGGGAUGACAAAACAAUACAAUUCAUAUCCAUUUGGUGUUCAGUGGAUUUGAAAACUAAAUGUAACUUCAUGCAGGAAUUGAGCUCACAGAUGGCAUAAGGAAAAUGAGAAUUGCAGCUAUCUAUAGCCCUAUUCUUUUUUAUUUGUCCUCUUAGCUCUUCUCAGGAACCU